UAAUAUAUAUUAUAAUAUAUAUUAUAAUAGUAUUAUAAUAGUAUAGUAUAUAAUAUAUAUAUAACAUCACACAAUAUGGCAGAAGACCAGAGGCGGCUCCUUGAACAACUUAUGGGAAAGGAUGCUAUGAUAAAUCCCAUAGCCAGUCGAAGAGAACCAGAUAUGUCAAGUCCUCGAGUUUGUAAAAGUUUCCUAGUAGGAACAUGUCCACAUGAUUUAUUUGUAGCUACAAAACAAGAUUUAGGUAAAUGUCCAAGAUUACAUCUUCAAAAGCAUAAAUUAGAAUAUGAAUAUCGAACUAAAAAAUUAGGAGAAACAUUUCCUGAAUUUGAAUAUGAAUAUUUUAAUCAUAUUAAAGAAUAUAUUAAUAAAUUAGAUAGAAUAAUUAAUGAUGCACAACAAAGAUUAACUCAAACAAGUCCUGAAGAAAAAUCUAAAAUUGAAAAUAUAACUAAAGAAUUAGAUAAUUUAGAUACUAAAAUUGGAUUAAUGACUCAAGAAAUUGAUUGUUUAAUUAAAGAAAAUGAAAUUCAAAAAUCCUUAUAUGAAACUAUAAAACUUAAUGAAUUAUGUAAAGAACGAGAGAAAUUAGCUGAAAAUGCUAGAAAUUUAGCUGAAAAUGUUGGUCAAACUUCUCAACAAAAACUUCAAGUAUGUGAAGGUUGUGGAGCUUAUUUAUCAAGACUUGAUAGUGAUAGAAGAUUAGCUGAUCAUUUUGUUGGUAAAACUCAUAUGGGUUAUGUACAAAUGAGACAAGCAUAUGAUGAAUUAAAGCAUAAAAUGAAGAAGCUGAAGUAUAAUGGAACAACUUAUAAACCAAAGAAAUCGAUGGUAGCAUACUAAUGAUAAUAAUAAUAUUUAACAUGUAUAUACAAGUUUGCAUAUAGACGGAAUACAGAAUAUAUAUACUAUAUA